CUCUUGCUUUCCACUCUGUUUCUAACCGUACCCCAAUUGCUUCCCCAUUUAAUGUCUACUCUAUUACCAUCUGAAUCCUUGCUCAUUCCAGAUUACUUGGCCUUCAACUUGCAAUAUCAGUACAAACCCACCUCAUCCCAAUAACCACAAUUUUGCUUCAUUUUUUUGGCUUUUUCCCAUCUCAAUAUCUCGGUCAAUUUUGGCGCCGGUCUAUGCAUCCCUCGAUUCAUUCUCUCGCCCAUCGGGCCCCGCCUGCUACUCGCACCAGGGUUCGUUGGCAGCCAUAUGCUUCAAUGCCCUCUUCUGCUUCCACUCCCCGUUCGCCGCCCUCCACUCCCCCGGCUUCUCCGCUCAAUUCCGACCUAGACCGCCCACGCCACCAAUCUACCAAUCCAAAGACAAAAUAUGCCUUAGGACUAGUCGACCAAGCUGUAAAAGCACUAUGUGACAUAUGGCGCCCACAAGAUAUUCCACAAGUUUACAUUGCUUCCGGUGCUAUAUCCAGCAGCGAUCUUACAGUCCUGGUCAUGCACCCUACUCUAUCAAUCCCAGUCCCACCCACAAUGGUCUCCAAGCGAAACACACAGCAGCUUCCCUCUCCAGUCACCCCAACCUACGAACCCACCGACGAAGACCCACCCACUCAGCAGGACGGUCCCAACAAGACUCUUAUUCCCCUCAAAGGUUUCGUUCACGAGGUCCUCCGUCGUUCCAAGACAUCUGGCAGCGUAUUACAAACCGCAUUAUGUUAUCUCGCCGCUAUCCGGCCCAACGUCCUCGAGCUCGUCCAGCUAGAAAAAGUAGGCCAUGGCCCGAGAGGAGAGCCGGAAUUGGCUGAGAGGAUCACCCCCGCGACUCAGGCCGAGCUCGAGCUCGAGCUCGGCCUCAGUCUCGAUACACUUGUUGAUCCGGGAAGCGAUGUGAUGGAUACCGUAAAGAUGGGUACCGAUAAGAUGUCAACCGACACACCACCUGGCAAUAACGAUGAACACAAGACUGCCUUGCUACCCUCUCCUCCCAUGCCAUCCCCGCUCCUCUGCCCCAGGCGGGCAUUUCUCGCCUCGCUCAUUCUUGCCUCCAAGUUUAUGCAGGACAAGUGCUACUCCAACCGCGCAUGGGCCAAACUCUCUGGGUUGCAACCGAGAGAGAUCAGCCGGUGCGAGCGCGCCUUGGGCGAUGCUCUGGGCUGGCGGCUUUGGGUAGGCAAGACACCUGUCGUCGAUACCAUCCCCGCCACCCGUCCUGUCGUGAGGUGUCGGAGCGAGAGUAAUCUCACACACUCUCCGCCACCAUUCUUGAGUGAGCAGACGUCGACUCUGACUGCGAAACGGGGAUUGAAGCGUUGCUCGACGCUCCCGGCGGACGCAUUUGGUGCUCACACACUUGAGCCCCAAGUGUCUCUGCUGGAUAGCUCGCUUGCUUCAUCUUCGUUUGAUAUCCAAGUCGACGUCAGUAUUCCCGCUCUUACCAGUCAGAACAUGGCAUCAAAUUAUACAAGCCCACCCACACCAGGACUCACGUACUCUCCCUCUUCGUCGUCUUCGACCUCAUCUGGGGACCGGACGAUCCAAAUGUCGACUUUUUUGGACGACAACAUGUCGGGCUCGUUCCAUGAUUCGACCUGCAGUGUCGAAUCGUGGGACAAGGCCCCGGAUAUGCUUGGGUAUGACCACGAGUCGGUUCCGUUCAUCGAGUUUUGUAAUGCAAAACUUGGUGAUCCAAGUCCGAUUUACCCUUGGAGUGCGCAUGCGUUGUGUCAACAGUAGCAUUAGACGUUCUCUCUCUCAUCUCGUCUUUUUUUUUCCCCUGUACUUUUAUCACUCUCUCUUUCUCCCGUGUUUAUAUAUAUAUGACUGACCUACAUGCGUUUUCUCUCCUCUUAAACCCGUGCGAUGCUUGUGACUUUUGAUUCUUUGACUGGGGGCCCAUUUGUAUGCUUGUUAUGUACUUUCUUUUCUUCUCUUCCACAGUGUAUAUUGAAUUGGAUUGGUCUUGCAGUGACAGUCAAGCGCCUAAUGCAAAAAUGGGCAGCCAAG